UUUGACUUAAAGUAGAUUUACUGAACAGGUGAUGAUCAACCCAGCCUACCAGCCUCCUGAACUCUUGCAUAGCCUGAACAAAGUUCAGGUAAACGCACUCGUCCUGGGGUCCGACAGCUAUUAUGAUAAGGUGAAACAGCUUAUCCCAGACCUUGGCAGUUACACCGAUUAUGCCAUCCGUUGCGCUCACGCGCCAUCUUUAAAGCUGCUUAUUCUCAUAAGCGAGCGGAAGUUACGGGGCGUUCUCCGGCUGCAAGAUGUACUUUCUAAAUCGACCCCGGAAUCCCUGGAUCGAGUCCGGCAGGUGCAACAACGCAUACAGCCUGAUGAUGGAUGUGUUAUCCUCUUUACUUCGGGCACGACGGGUCAUCCGAAAGGCGCUCUGCUGAGUCACCACAACAUCGUAAAUAACGCACUUUCCAUAGGCAGACGGCUACUUCUCUUUUCCCAGCCUCAUCGGUGGUGCCUCUGCACUAAUUUCUGCCAUGCUUCAGCUACGAGCGUUUCUCUAGUCACCUGUCUUUGUUAUGGAGCGGCGCUGGUAAUACCGGACUCACUGUUCCAGGCCAAGGCGAUCCUACAAACCGUUCAGAAAGAAAGGUGUACGAUGAUGGUGGCGAGCCCUUCGCUGUAUGUGGAUAUGUUGGACGCGAUGCGUGACCACAGUCUAAAACCGGACUCCCUGAUUAUAGCGGCCAUUGGCUCGGCUCCGGUUCCUCAGCAACUGGUUCAUGACAUAGUCGAAUCCUUCGCAGUCCAGAGAAUAUACGCCAUGUACGGAAUGACUGAGACCAGCCCCUUAAUUUUCCAGUCGCUCGCCUCUGACGCUGUGCAGCAGGCAGCGGCCACGGUAGGGGUCGUUACAGACCACAUGGAGGCAAAAGUUGUCGAUCCCGAAGGUCGAAUGGUUCCAAUGGGAACUCCGGGAGAACUCUGGGUGCGAGGCUACGCCAUUAUGCUGGGUUACUGGGGUGAGGAGGAGAAGACCAAGGGAAUAAUAACCCCAGACGGGUGGCUCAAAACUGGGGACCAGUUCGUGCUACAGGAGGGUGGAUAUGGACGGGUUGUGGGUCGCCUCAAGGACAUAAUCAUCCGAGACAACACCAAUAUAUUUCCCAUUGAAAUUGAGGAGUUCUUUAUUACUCACCCCGAUGUCAUGGAAGCCCAGGCGUUCGGAGUGCCAGACCCGCGAUUGGGAGAGGAGAUGUGUGUGUGUAUCAGACAACGCGCAUGCACUGCCCUCUCUGAGCAGCAACUGAGAGAAUUCUGCAGAGGAAAGCUUGCAGACUUCAAGACCCCACGAUACUUCAGCUUUCUGCCGGAGUUCCCUCGAACAGCUACGGGAAAAGUGGAUAAACUGUGGUUAAAAAAAUCUGUCAUGCAGGAAUUGGAUGUCAGUGGGCAAUAUUUAGCCAUGCAAUAAAUACAGUUUAAAUGUUUAUUCUUUAUUGUAUGAAAGCGUUGUCAGAUGACGACAAAUAAACCAUGGGAUAUAUCACUUGAAA